AUAUUAGCUUUUCGAAUAGCGACUACUGAAGUAUCAAACUGAUUAGAAAAGAAGGUAGAAUGAUAGAUACAUUAUAAGUUAUGCCUUAUAUAAUAUUUCCAUACAGAAAAUGUAAUGAUAUUAUUGAGAACUAGCAAUAAAUAUAUAGGGAUCAUGAAUAUUAAUGAGAAGUGAACUUACCUUGACACCUCACGUGAUUUUGGAAUUACGAAAUACCAGUCACAUGACUCAUCUAGCAGGCGCCUAUAUAAAGGCGCCCUAAGCGCGAUUGAGCACAAAAGCGCCCAAGUGAAGAUUGAUAGCAGCUUAACGUAUAAGUCUAUCAAAUUACCACAGGUACUGUAAAAUACUUAUUGUUUUAUAAAGUAUUUGAAAUUGCGAUUUGUUUGUAAACAAUUCCACGUGCAUCAACAAAACAUGGUGAAAGUGAAAGUAACCUUGAUGUCGGCCAGUGAGCCAGAAAUCAGACGAAUAACGCUGGGAAACGACUCCGACUUUAGCGAAUUUGAGACGAGAGUGUCAGCAUUGUUUGCAGAAAGCAGCGGAACAUUUAAGUUCCACUGGAAAGAUGAUGAAAAUGACCUAGUCGUGAUAUCGACUGACGAGGAAUUCCAUGAGGCGACCAAGACCGUUAGCGAUGAGACUCUGAGAAUCUUCAUUCAGAGAUUAAAAGAUUGCUCUAACAUCUUAGCGGGGAGAAAAGUGGAAUUUGAUAACAAUCCUGACGUUCUAAAGACCGAGUUGACUGCUGAGGAAUUUCGACCUAGAAGAUGGGAACGUCGCUGCGGUCUAGGGAGAUUUGGCCGAGGUCAGAGAUCGUUGAGUCCAGCACCAUUCAUGAGGCGCAGAAGAUACCAAAGAGAGAUGCGUGAGCAACAACCAUCUGAAAGAAGGAUGUGGAAGCGCAUGCAUCGAGAAAAUGUUGAUGGGUUUGAUAAACCUUGGAAAAACAUCCAUGGACAUCGGUCUGGAUGUGGCUAUGGUAGACAACAGAAAAGGGCUUUAAGAUGCAAUGAUAGAGAUCAAUAUCGGAUCUCGAAUGGUGUAUGCCCCGAAAAUGCAGGACACCGCUGGGGUAGAGAUGAGAAGGGGAGUCGGAGGAGUCAACGUCGAUUUGCUCGAUAUUUAAGGCAGACAUUGGACUGCGAGCUCAUGACCAAUGAAAACUGCCGUUCUCGCAUGAGAAAUCGAGGGAUGAAAUCCUGCAGGCGAGCAGAGUCGGCCCCACCCACUCGUUUUUACGGAAGAAACCGUGCAGGUUGCGGGAAGAUGAUGCACGGAGAAGGAAGAAGAUGCAGACGUUCUGCAUCAGUCCCUCCACAAGAAAGGGGAAGGAAACCAGAAACACUUGGGAUGCCGGUUGGUAAGAGAAGUUGCAGGCGACACAGACACCGAAUGGGGAAAAUCUUGCUGAAGAUGACUAUAAAGGGAAUGCAACAGCAUGACUGCGAAUCAAAUGCAGGUUUAGAGAGAAAAUGUUUCGGAAGACGAUGCAAAAGUUACAGACGAAGGGCAAUGAUGAUUAAGGAACAGAAUGAUGACACUUCAAGUUCCCAUCAAAAGUACGACAGAGAACCUGAAAUAUCCGAACUCGUCGAAACCAUGACCAUCGACGAUAGCAAAAGCGAAGACCAAAAGGAAAGGGAUGUAUGUGAAAAAAGAGAAAGAAAGAGAGCAUGCAAACAUAGAAAAAGUGAUGAAGAAGAUGAUGUAACAGAUGAGAAUACCAAUUCCGAGAAGGAAAAGAAAAAGUGCCUUAGAAGGCACAGAAGAAAGGACGAGUCUGACGGAGCAACCGGAUUACAAGAAGACUCCACUGAAGGUCAGGAAGACACUGAGGGAAAUGGAGGUCUCCUGGAAGGAAAACGUCGAGGAAGACGCAGGGCGAAAGAAUGCCAGCGUUCUAUGCGUGAUGAAACUACUGCUCGCUGCAAAAAGAAUGGAGACGAAGAACACGACUUUGGGAUUCUCACUUUGACGGUUGGAAUGAAUGGCGACAUGAAAAUAAAACCCCGGAAACUGGCACGGAAACUUGGCAAAUUUUUCAAUCAGUAUAGCACCGGCUGCCAGGAAGACGAGCCGUUCGGAACACGACAUGGUCAUAAAGAGUUCAAACAAUACCGUGGUCGCGAUUCUGAGCGCCAGUACAGACGAAUGCUCCGCCGUCAAGGACGUCCCGGAGAAAAAGUGCGGGAUUGGCAUCCAGAAUGUCCAAGCAACCACUGGAGUGGAAUCAGAGCCCCUGGACUGAGGAAUAUGCGUCCACGUGAUUGUCCAUGGUAGGGGACGUCAGAUUAAAGAUAUACAGUGAAUCGGACAAGUAAAUUUAUUUACUUUUAAUGUACCCUUUACUAUCAUAUUCUCGCUUAUUUGUGCUUUAUUGGUUUUUGAGGUUAUAUGCGAUUUUCUUUAAAUCAUAUUGAUGAAUUUUAAUGAACGUAUUAUAAAACCUUUCAUUUUCUAUGAAGAGAGAAACAAUACCUUACUGAAAAUGUCAUUGAAAUGCCUUUGGAAGAUAUUUCAAACAAUGUAAUAUCACUUGGAAGUAUGAUUUGGAUCAUCACAAAUUUUGUUAGGAAGUUAAUGUUUCAUUUUGUAAAUCUAGAUUGAUUUCGAUUAUGUAACAUGUUCAAAAUUCUCUUGAUGUUGAAUUAAGUAUUGUAUGAUUGCUGUAUUAGUAUAUAUAUGUAUAUUUAUUCUAUUGAUGUACGGCAAUAAACAUUUGUGUAGUAA